GGCAGACGCCAGGAUUGCGCUGCUGCCUGCAGGGACCUGCCCAGUCCUUCCCGGGUGUGCGGGGGAGCGCAGUCCCCGCACAUUGGGACCCACUGGCGGGGGGCCGCACCAGCAGGAUGGUGUGUGCUCGGGCGGCCCUCGGUCCCGGGGCGCUCUGGGCCGUUGCAUGGGGAGUUCUGCUGCUCACUGCCGCCGCGGAGGCGCAGCGCGGCCGGAAAAAGGUUGUGCACGUGCUGGAGGGGGAGUCGGGCUCGGUGGUGGUGCAGACGGCGCCAGGGCAAGUGGUCAGCCACCGGGGUGGCACCAUUGUCUUGCCCUGCCGCUACCACUACGAGGCAGCCGCCCACGGCCACGACGGCGUCCGCCUCAAGUGGACCAAGGUGGUGGAUCCGCUGGCCUUUGCCGAUGUCUUCGUGGCGUUGGGGCCCCAGCACCGGGCGUUUGGCAGCUACCGCGGGCGGGCUGAGCUGCAGGGCGAUGGGCCCGGGGAUGCCUCCUUGGUUCUCCGAAACGUCACGCUGCAGGACUAUGGGCGAUAUGAGUGCGAGGUCACCAACGAGCUGGAGGAUGACACUGGCAUGGUCAAGCUGGACCUAGAAGGCGUUGUCUUCCCUUACCACCCCCGUGGAGGCCGCUACAAGCUGACCUUCACGGAGGCUCAACGCGCGUGUGCUGAACAGGAC